CUCUCCUUUGUUUGGCUUUAUGUGUAACGACGCCAUAUAAACAAUUGAAGCAACAGUUUAAACCGAAUCUUCACUUGCUCUUCCCCUUUUCCCGUGGCUGUUGGCCUUCUCUUCGCAGCAGUUUCGUAUAGGAAAUUUUGAGAGAGGGGAAUCAUAUUUAAUGUAGAUAGGGUGAACAUAAACCUGGAUUUCCUUUUCCUUUCUUUCCUUUCCUUCUGUUACAAUUGUGCUAGAAGAUGGAAGGACUACAGUUGAGCUAAGAAAAGCACUUACACAACAAGCUCUCAAUUUUCUUCUACCAAAGGCAAGGGAUAAACACCUCUGUUUCUCUCACUCUCUCUCUCUCUUCCACUUUCCCUCUCAUAUAUAGGGGGUGGAGCUAUAUUGAUUCUCAAUGUUCAUGUCUGCAUUUGCACUCUACAAUGAAAAAUAUAGCAACUUGUUACAGCGAACAUGCCAUAAAGGUAUGUUCAAACCAGGCUUAUGUCUCCCCCAACUUGAGCCCUUCAAUCCAAGAUUCAAUUACAUGUCUAUACAAAGCCAAAUUCAGCAACAAAAAGCAUCUCCUCAUCGCAAUCACCUGGUGCAACCUCACAGGCCAAGGAUUCACCAUUGGUGUCUGUAAAGAUUCUCACCAAUUACGACAGAUUCGAGGCAAGAAAGCAUUUGAAUCCUACGAUUCCAAGAUUGAAGUGUUUUGGGAUCUAACCAUGGCUAGGUAUGAUUCUGGACCCGAGCCGGUCAAUGCGUUUUACGUGGUGGUAUUGGUUGACUCAGAGCUAGCUCUGUUACUUGGAGACAUGGAUGAGGAACCAGAUGUGAGAAAAUGCACAAUUGACAUCCCAGUUGGGAAAUUCUCGUUAGUUUCUCGCACUGAACAUUUCUCAGGCGACUACUCCCUCUACUCAACCAAGGCUCAAUUCUGUGAAACCGGGAGCUUUCAUGAUAUUGUGAUCAAGUGCAUUGGAGAAGACAAGGGUGGUUCAAAGGAUUCGGCAUUGACUGUUUGUAUUGACAAGAAGAAUGUGAUUCAAGUUAAGAGAUUGAGAUGGAAUUUUCGCGGGAAUCAGACGAUUUUCGUUGAUGGGUUGCUGGUGGAUAUGAUGUGGGAUGUGCAUGAUUGGUUCUUCAAUUCAACAUCAGGAGGGUAUGCUGUGUUCAUGUUCAGGACAAGAAGUGGAUUGGAUAGCAGAUUGUGGUUGGAGGAAAACAAUUUGGACCAAAAAGAUCAAGAAAAAGUUGGGUUUUCUUUGCUGAUUCGUGCCUGUAAGAACCCUGACUGAUUCUCUGUUUUUUAUUUUUUUAUUUUCUCCUUUGAUUUUUUUUAUUUUUAUUUUUAUUUUAUUUUAUAGAAUGGUUAAUUUUUAUAGUUACAGGAUGAUAUGAUAUGGUUAACUUGGUGCGAAGAAAAUUAGUUUGAUAUUUUUUUAAAAGAUUGAAAUUGUACACGAGACCUCUAAAAUGGACUUUUACUUUGUCUCUCUCUUGUGAGAGAGGCAAAAUUUCUUC